GGGUAUAGAUGAGAGUGAUUCACAAACGGUAAAACGCGCAGACGGAACCAACGUACGGUAGUUUUUAUGAUAUUGUUCCAACAGCAACAGGCGGUAGGAUAGCGUUACUGUGGGGAUGCACAAUUAUCCGGCGUGGGCGUCCCGAUUUAGAUCUCAUGACCUUUCCGUGGUUCUCCAUAAUAUCUCGGGGGCAACCGCAACGCAAAACAUUAUAAAGGUCAAAAUUAACUGUUUUCAGAUUUAGAUUUAUGAUUGUUAUGCAUUUGUUUGUUUAUUGCGGAACGUGUGAUACCAAUACCCGAGUUAUCACCCCUACGCAAGAUUUGGAAUCGUCGUUUAUCCUGGUACCAAGAACUCGCCGUGGGGGAAGAAGUUUUCUUGUUGAUUUCGGCAUCGAUUUCGACCUUUUGGGAAAGAAAAAAGAAAGUCAUUCAUUUGUUAGUCUGAGAAAAAAUAAUAUUGACAACCGAUCGGAAAAGGUUAAAGUUGUGGAGGGAAUCACAGGAGAAGAAACUUCCGAUGUCCAUGAAAUGUGAAAUCACGUGUGCUACUACAAGGAGGAUUUUGCGGGCGGCCAGCGCGUGCACACAGAAGAUCGAGCUGUCAAGUAGUGUCAGGAAUUAGGACUUGGCAGCGCGCUGGGUGCGUGUCGCUCGUAAACAUGGCACACAGAAUCAGAAGAAACCAGGGCAAGAUACAAGUCGGCUGUGAUUAUCUCGACAGAGAGGAUUCAGGAGUUCACUUGGACGAGCCCUCCUCUCCACUCCCCCAGCAGUGGUCGACCUCUGACCUGGACGACUUUGUGCGCGCGCUCACCAACCCCAAACACCACAUCACCAAGGUGAACAACCAGUCAUCGCACACAUCGUCGUCAUCAUCGUCGUCAUCGUCAUUCAACCAGAAGUGCAACCAGGACUUGGAGCAGCAGUUCCGUGAGAAGUGCACCAUUCACACGUGUGUGUCGUCAUCCUCGGUUCACGAGGUGCGCUCAACCACUGCUCACUCCGACCUGCACUCGCGCUUCACCUUCAACGAGCACUACUCACCAAGGGCAGACAAUAACAACGUCGACCAGACUGUCGAGUGGUCGGCGUUCUCACCCCAGGUGGAUGACGGCGUCUACGACGUGUCGGAAACAUUCACACUGAAAACACUGUCACCCAACGAAGAUCUGCACGUCACCUUCACCUGUGACUCUACCCCCGAGGGGUCGGACUCGGAACCCUCCUCACCACAGCCCGUACAGGGCUGCACCACGCCCAAAAAGGACAGUAAAAAGAGGCGGUUCCGCAAAAUGUUGUCCCGCCCCCUGAGGCGGAGUCAUAGUGCCGGGUGUGCUAAGGAUAUUCCCACCCAUGCCUUGUUUGUCGAACAGCAACAACAACACAAAGAGAAAGAAGAGUCGAGUGAGAUUGAGCAAGAGCGGUUAAACAGUUUUGAUUUAACCGAGUCAGAAAAUCCACAACGUAAGACCAGACCAAUCCAUAAAACGUCUUCUGCCGAUGCAGCCAUGAUGGCCACAGAAGAACUUCCUGUUUUCAGCUUACAGUCCAAACCAAAACGCAGCCUUGCCAGGAACAUGAAGCGGAAGUUGCAGGCGUUGCGCCGCCGUCACACGGACACGUCACUGAGCGCGACGCUGAAGGGUGAGAACGGGAAGGUGACUCACAUCAACCUGGACGAGGUUCACCAGUGGAGUCAGUCGUUCGAGAACCUCCUCACAAACAAAGCUGGUUUGGAACUUUUCCAUGGAUUCUUGAAGUCUGAAUUCAGUGAGGACAAUCUGGAAUUUUGGAUGGCCUGUGAAAAUUUCAAAACAACGAAAUACAGCAAACUUAACUCAGCUGCACAUAAAAUCUACACAGACUUUGUCGCAGUGCAAGCACCAAAGGAGGUAAACCUCGAUGCUAAUACUCGUGUUAAGACGUUAGGAAACCUCGACACUCCAUCCAGGUCGACAUUUGACGAGGCUCAGAGACGUGUUAAAAUUCUCAUGGAGAAAGACUCCUACCCACGAUUCCUAGAGUCAGACACUUACCAGCAGUUGUUCAUCAAGUCGUGAGAGUGCCACGCUGGUCUUAAACAUUUAUCAGCAAUUAGAAUUAGUGAACAGCAAAUCACGAGAUGUCACGCAUGUGUGUUAAACAUUUAUCAGCAGAUUGUGAACAGCAAAACAUGAGAUGCCACGAGCAUGUGUCAAACAUUUACCAGCAGAUCAUGAACAUGGCAUUGUGACUGUGGUCUGUGUGUGUCAAGCAUUUACCAGCAGAUCAUGAACAUGGCAUUGUGACUGUGGUCUGUGUGUGUCAAACAAUCUCUGUAGUUUACCACUGUCAGUAUCAUGAACAUCGUGCUUUAGGUGGAGAAUCAUGAAACACAUGUUUUAUUUCUCCAUACAUCAAGUUUGUAGCAGUGAAAUAUUAUGUUUUUUGUUCAUCAAGUUAUCAGUAUCGGAAAGUAUUUAAUACCCCAGUACAUCAAGUCUGUAGUGUCAUGAAUUAUUUAAUUUCACUAUUUAUAUCAAGUUAUCAGUAUCGGAAAGUAUUUAAUACCCCAGUACGUCAAGUCUGUAGUAUCAUGGAGUAUUUUCUUAUAGCUAAAGUUUGCAAUAUCAUGAAGUAUUUGAUUUCCCUAUAAAUCAAGUUUCCAGUAUUAUGGAAUAUUUGGCUUCACUAAGGAUCAAAUUUGAAGUAUCAUGAAAUUUUCCCAAUAGAUCAAGUUUACAGUAUUAUGAAAUAUUUCCACAUAAAGUUUGCAGUAUACAUGUAAUGAAAUAUUUUCCCAUAUAUCAAGUAUUCAGUAUAACGAUGAAUUUCAGUUCCCUAUAGAUCAAGUAUUCAGUUUAAUGAAGAAUUUGAGUUCCCUAUAUAUCAAGUUUGCAGUAUACAUAAAAUAUUUCUCUAUGGAUCAUGAAAUAUUUCCCUAUAGACCAAGUUUGAAGUAUAAUGAAGUAUUUCCCUAACAGCAUCUGUUUGUGUUUGUGUUAUUUUUAUUUAUGUGCAACAUGAACUGGCCUUCAUUUUACAUGUAAUGGUUGUAUAUUUAAUAUGAGCUGGUCUCUCUCCACACUUUAUUAUACUAUAUAUUAUAGUCGAUCACUUUUGUUAUGCAUUUGUUAUUGGAAUCUUUUUUUCUUUUUUUAAUGUUUAAUUUAUAUGUUUGGGGAAAAAACACUCCAUUUAUGUUCUAUUUUGUUAAACUGAAAAGAUAUAUAAUUAAUAAUACAGAAUGUUAAACUGUUAUUGGUACAUAUUUCUGCAAAGUGUGUUGUUGAAGUUGAUACUAAAAUUUAUCAUGAUGGUUGAGAGAGAGAGAGAGAGGGAGAGAGAGAGAGAGAGAGAGAGAGAGAGAGAGAGGGAGGGAGGGAGGAGAGGGAGGGAGAGGGAGAGAGGAGAGAGAGAGAGAGAGAGAGAGAGAGAACAAUGAAUGAAUGUGUGUUUGUUGCUCAUAACAUUGUAAAUAUUUCACAGAUCUCCACAAUGACAUAUAUAGCGUGUGUCUGUAUGUGUGAGUGCUUGUGUAUGUGUGCGUAAACUCUGUGGGACAUAUUUUUAACUUAAUUACUAUUAUACCUAGCUCAUAAACAAACAGCUUUUGUUCAGAGUACAUGUAUGUGAUUAAAAAUAUUAAAAACAGCUAAAGUAAAGCCACCUUUAUGAAGAAAUGUUUGGCAGAAUCAGUAGGUCAUUAACAAAAAGCUAUAGUUAAACCUUUUAAAUGAAUAAACAGCUAUAGAAGAACUUUUCAUAAAACCAAUGAUAGGUGUUAUUUAACUAUUCAUGAUUAAAACAACUGUAAUACAUAAAACAUCUCAUGAACAUUAGAACUUGUUUCUUGAUGAAACGGGUGGUAAAUGUAAACAGUUACAUUAGAACUUGUAUUUCAUGAAUGUUUUUCUCACGAGUAAACGGCUACAAUAGAACAUGUAUUUCACAAACAAGCAGCUGUGGUAGACAUCAGACCUUGUGGAUACCAGGACCUAUAUUUUUAAAUCUAUCUUAUCUAUAAUUUGUUAAAACUGUCAUUGGGCAUGGUGUGUGUUAUGGUGACAUCAGAGCCUAUGAUGGUUUUAUGAUAUCGGUGCUCAGAUAGCUUUGACAAUAUGUAGCCAAUAUUCAGUGUUUUUUUUACUCAGCAUUUGAUAAUUAAUUUUCAAUCCCCAUCAGAAUGUUUAUGUAAAACACUUAACAUGCUUUGAACAGCGUGUUCCAGUGUCAGUUAGAAGAUCACUUCAACAUGGUUUCCUAUUGUACUUGUGAUUAAGAAAAUAAACUUCUUAUACCUUUUAA